AUGCUGCAGCAAGAUAUCCUGCUGCUGCAGCAGCAAACUCUCCUGUUGGUGCUGCAGAAAGAUAUCCUGCUGCUGCAGCACGAGUUGCUGCUGCAGGAGCUCUUUAUGGGACCCCGCCGGCAGCAGCAGCAGCAGCUGCAGCAGCAGGACCAUUUUUUCACCUGUGGACGGUCUACAGAGAGAGCGACAGCAGCGGGCUUGCUGCCAGCUGCAGCAGGAGCAGCAGCAGCAGUAGCAGCUCGCGCUGCAGGCCUGCGAACAAGCUCACGAAGAACGCUAGCUGCAGCAGCAGCGGCGGAAACAGCAGCAGCAUAUGCAACAACAGCAGUAGCAGCAGCAGCAACAACAGCAGCAGCAGCAGCAUUCCCAACAGAAGCAGUUUCAGCUCCAGCUGCUGCAUCGCUGGGGCAUCCAAUACCGGCACCCGCAGCACUGCUGCCGUCACCAGCCCCAUCAGGAGCAGCAGCAGCAGAAGCAGCAGCAGCAGCAGCGGCAGCGACAGCAGCAGCAGCAGCCCCAGCAUGCGCAGCGGCAGCAGCAAUGCGCCGUUUGCCCUCUGGGGCUUACAGUGUCCCCUCUGACCCUCCCGAGCCCUUUUCUGCUGUAGUGUCUCCUGUAGCAUCUGCUGCUGCUGCUGCUGCUGCUGCUG